UGCCCUGUUGUGGGCUUGCGGGGUUGGAACAUUCCUGGUUUGACGACCAGCCUGCGCCUUGACUGCCAUGAUUUGCUGAGCAAUUCGAUCCUCGCCUCGAGGAUGUGUGUGUGCGCGCGUGCGUGUGUGUGUGAGAGAGAGAGAGAGAGAGAGAGUGUGUACGGGGCAGGAAUACGCGAAUGAGCAACAAACUAAACUGGAGCGCUGCGUGUAGCUCGUGCUGCGUGUAAGCAACUUUGACGUUGAGUUUUGGUUUUCGGCUUCACUUCGCCUUAUAGUUGACUUUUGUACUCCAUGAGCUACGCUGCUGAUCUCUCAACUUCAGCGUGGCUACCUAGGAGGAGAGAGAAAACUUUUCCUUCUGCUGUUUCUUCUGCUUCUUUUUCCUUCACACGUUGCUUUGCAUAUCGUCUCUAAUGGAGGGACCGGUUCGGAUUUGCUGCUUUCAGAAUGCUUUUUGCUGCUAGUGUGUUUAUCUGGCUUGGUUUUCCCUCCAUCGGAAGGGCAGGUGUGCAUGUGAAGGGUGUGUGAGUGAGACCCCUGGUUAGCAUCCUGAGGUGAAGCAGCAUCAUGGAAGACAAAGGCCUAAGAGGCCUGAAGGUUCUGUCUGUUGUGCUGUGCAUUUGCCAAACCCUUCUUCUUAACUGCCCUUUUGCAUUAUCACUUUUGUUCCACACACAACCUGCCUCUGUGGUUCAGAAGCAGGGUAGCACUGUUCACCUGCACUGUUCGGUGCAUGCUGCCUCAGCCACAGUCACCUGGUUGUUCCAAGGUCAUGCCCUGGAGCCGGGGUUGUUACCUGGGGUAGAGGUGCAGCCUGACAGAAUCACCCUCUCUUCUCUCCAGCCCCAAAACACUGGCACUUACCAGUGCGUGGCACACUCAGACACAGGUUCCAUCAUCAGCCAAUGGGCACGGGUAACCAUCGCAGAUAUUACGGAGUUCGGCCAGACUAAUCGGCGGUCUUUAGUAGAAAAAGAAGGGAACACUGCUGUUAUAGAGUGCCAGCUACCUCGGAGCACCCCAGCUUUGCCACGUUACAGAAUACGGGGAAAUUGGAUAGAGGAGUCUACAGAUGAAUAUUUAAUCCUUCCUUCUGGGAACCUUCAGAUAGUCUCUGUUUCUCCAGAGCACAAGGGCAUGUAUAAAUGUGGAGCUUAUAAUCCUGUUACCAGAGAGGUCAAGGUCGAGCCCUAUGGCACUAAGCUCUUUGUGAAAAAUUCUGAUGGUCCUUCCCCUGUGGGGAUAGUAUAUCCAGUCAACUCUGUCAACCUGACAGUGGAACAGUCUAUGUCCUUGGUUCUGGAAUGUGUAGUAUCAGGAAAUCCCUCUCCUGUUGUUAAAUGGUUGAAGAAUGGCCAAGAGCUGCUUCUUACUUCCAGAAUGAGACUUCUACAUAGUAAUCUGGUGCUGAGUGAUGUUCAGAUAAGUGAUGGAGGAAAUUACACUUGUUUUGUUCAAGCAGAGGAAGGUGCUUUGGCCAGUGCCAACUAUACUGUGGAUGUACUUGGUCCUCCUAUUAUACUAAGAGGUCUGAGUGACACGGUUGUGAAAUCUGGUUCAUUAGUGAAGUUCAGUUGUGCCAUCUCAGGAAAUCCUGUUCCUAACAUCACCUGGCUCUUCAACUCUUCCCCAGUUUUAUCUUCAAUACGACUCCAGAUAUCCCACUCCACCCUGCACAUUUUUUCAGUCACUACUCAGGACCAGGGCAUGUACCAGUGUGUGCUAGACAACAGGAUUGGCUCGGCACAGUCAGCUGCCAGACUUAGCAUUCAGCUUGAUCCGCAGACCACGUCAACCACUGCUGCUACAAUAGAUAUGCAACCGACUGUCCAACAAGUCCAGAGUGAUGAGGGAGAGGGGCUGUUCCUACCAUCGGAUGGUGAUGUCAAAGGUUCAUUCACAGAGAGGACCAGUGACAAGCCAACUCCAGAGGCCCCAAUCAUUAUCAGUCCACCACAAACACAUAGACCUAAUGCUUAUGAACUGGAGUGGCGGCCAGGGCGAGACUGGGGGAAACCAAUCAACGCCUACUUUGUUAAAUAUCGCAAGGUGGAUGAAAUGGGCAAUGUGGUGGGGAGUUGGCACACAGUACGAGUUCCCGGUAGUGAAAGGAGCCUCCCCUUGUCGGACCUGGAGCCUUCUAGUCUGUAUGAGGUGCUGAUGGUGGCACGUAGCAAUGCUGGCGAGGGCCAACCCGCCAUGCUUACCUUUCGAACCGGAAAGGAGAAGAGCUCCUCCUCCAAUAAGAAUCCCUCGAAGGCCCCAUUUGUGUCUUUGCCUGAGAAAGCCCCCGAAGAUAAAAUCAAUACGCACUAUGGAGUGGUCAUCCAUGACAGAGUUCCUGAGGCCCCAGAUAGGCCAACCAUCUCUAUGGCAUCCGAGAAUUCAGUUUACGUCACAUGGAUUCCACGGGCCAAUGGUGGUUCUCCAAUCACAGCUUUUCGCGUAGAGUACAGGAAGGGCCGCAGUGUGGAUUGGAUCAUAGCCGAUGACAACAUCUCACCUCUCAAGCUGUCUGUGGAAAUACGCAACUUAGAAGCAGGUUCCACGUACCGUUUCCGCGUCAUUGCCAUGAACAUCUAUGGUGAGAGUCCUCAUAGUGCCACCUCCAGGCCAUACCAGAUAGCAAUGACAAGUUCACCUGUGUCCAACCGACCCGUGGCUGGUCCUCACAUCUCUUCUACUGAUGCUGUCAGUGACACUCAGAUCAUGGUGCGAUGGACUUACACUACAUCUAGUAACAACAACACUCCCAUCCAGGGCUUCUACAUCUACUAUCGGCCUACGGACAGUGACAAUGAUGGUGAUUAUAAGAGGGAUGUGAUUGAAGGUAUCAAGCGCUGGCACAUGAUUGGUCAGCUCCAACCUGAGACAUCCUAUGACAUCAAGAUGCAGUGCUACAAUGAUGCUGGAGAGAGUGAUUAUAGUAACGUGAUGAUAUGUGAAACUAAAGCACGCCAGCUGCCAGGUGUUCCCAGUCAGAGGCCCAUCACUCCACCAGUUGUGUACCCACCCAGUUCAAAUUAUUCAGCAGGUGGUGUCUUGUACCUGAUUGUGGGCUGCAUAUUAGGAGUCAUGGUGCUUAUCCUUCUUAUCUUUAUCAUCAUGUGUUUGUGGAGAAACCGUCAGCAACACAGCAUGCACAAGUACAACCCUCCUGGUUACCUGUACCAGCCUGCUGAGAUGAAUGGUCAUAUUAUGGAGUACACAACACUAUCUGGCUCCAGCCAGCUCAAUGGCAACCUGCAUGGCAGUCAUGGGAACAGUGGGUCUGUCAUGUCUCAGGGUUGCCAUCACCUCCACCAUAAAUUCCCCAAUGGUCAGACACUGCUAAAUGGCUCAGGUCCUGUCUACAGUCUGGGACAUUCCCACACCCAUGACACAUCUCUGCCCCACAGCACUGUGGACUUUGAGCAUACACACCCUCACCAUUUGCACAGUCGAGGAAGCAUGUACACAUCUGUUACCCAGACAGACUCUUCUGACUGCAUGAACUGCCAGAACUUCUGUAACAACAACAGGUGUUACACAAAAGCCAAUGGCAAUUUCCCAGGUGGCCUAAAGCACCACCUGGUACCUUGCCAACCUAAUGGUCUCGAGAUGGUGCCUUUAAACCAUGGCUCACACCUGCACCAUAGUAAAGACAGCCCAGUGCAACAGGGUACUUGCGAGAGGGUGGAUGUGAUCAGAGAACAGAUGCAAGUGAACUCAGACUCGACAUCAUCCCAGAGUUUUGAGAGUAAAACCGAAGUGGCAGGCACCAACUACAGCAGAGAUUCAAUACAGUGUUUGAACUCAGACGAGCCAUUGAUGUGUUUGGAGAGGCUGGACCUAUCUAAUUUGGACUGUAAAGAGAAACCCACCUGGAUUUCCACUGCAAGUCUAAAUGGGGACCUUAUUCACCCAACAGCACAUGAGAUCUGAACUUUCUCUCUCAUACAAACACACACAUACACACAAACAUACCUUUUCACGUAUUCACUUCCUAAACAUGCAUAUCGACACAAGAACUGCAGACAAUGAAGAAACAUGAAAAUGUAUUCAGAGAAAAAAAUACGCCAGCACUGUAAUGCUCAGACUUUACCUGAAGGACACUAUAUUGACCUACUGUGCUGGAUGUGAAUGAGGGAGCAAUGGAGGGAAAAGUAGGCACAGAAGAAUGGAUUUUGGAAGUGCUGUCCCUCUUUUUCAUCUGUGCGAAGGACUUAAAAAAAAAAAGGAAAAGAUGGCUUUUCCUUUAGAUGGCUUAUUUAUUUUUUUUAUUAGUAAAAUAUUAUUUCGUAUGAAUGUAUCUGUUUUAAGAAAAAAAGUUAGUCUUUUAUAUUAUUUAUGCUUUUUGGAUGAAAUACUUUUUUAUUUUUAUUUUUGUCAUUUUUAGUUUUCCCACAUUCCACACAGUGUGGAGUUCAACCAUUGUAUGUGUAAAGUUGUGUAAUAAUAUAAAAAAGUUAUGGAAGA